CAAAAAAACGCCACUGAAAACAACAAGUACCCCUUCAAAGUCUCUCUCUUCACACUUAAAAACCCCAAAAACCAAACAGUCACACUCUCUCUUCUCUCUCUCUCCCUCUCUCUCUACACUCUUGCGUAACAAAACUGCACUUGAAACAGGCUUGAAAUGAAGAAGAAUCUGUGCUCCUGAUCAAUCCAUGGAGAAGAAGAAACAGGAGCCAAAAACCGAAAAUCCGAUGGCGAAUUCGACAUUUUCUGAUCAGAUUCAGACGAGCUUCCCUUUAUCGGGCAUCUUCGACAUGCCAUGUGAGGUAGAAAAAGGCUCUCUAGGCUUCAUGGACAUGUUAGGUAUCCAAGAUUAUGGUUCAUCAUCUUUAUUCGAUCUGUUCCAAACUCCGGCGAUGCCGCCUCAACCGCUCCUAUCACCGACACUUCCCGAGUCGUCGGAGGUGGUGAAUACUCCGGCGACACCUAAUUCUUCGUCGAUCUCUUCGUCGUCAACCGAAGCAGCUAAUGAUGAUCAGACUAAAACAACAGUAAUGGAAGAUCAAGAAGACCAAGAUCAAGAGAAGUCGAAGAAACAGUUAAAACCCAAAAAGAAGAACCCAAAAAGGCAAAGAGAGCCGAGAUUUGCGUUCAUGACAAAGAGUGAGGUUGAUCACUUGGAUGAUGGGUAUAGAUGGAGGAAGUACGGCCAAAAAGCUGUGAAAAAUAGCCCUUUUCCAAGGAGCUACUACCGAUGCACUACUGCAGCAUGUGGGGUGAAGAAGCGAGUGGAGAGGUCAUCUGACGAUCCAUCAAUCGUCGUCACAACUUAUGAGGGCACACACACCCAUCCGUGCCCGGUGACGCCACGUGGUAGUAUCGGAAUCAUGCCAGAAAGUGCCAUUUUUGGUGGUAGUUGCGGUGGCGGUGGUGGUUCCUCUUUUGUUAUUCCACAACCUCAUCACUAUCAACAUCACCACCACCAACAACCCUAUUUUCACAACCCAACACCUACUUUGAACUUUAGCACUACUACUACUACUAAUUCCUCAUUUCCAAGUUUUCUUCAAGAAAGACGGUUUUGCCCCUCUCCAUCUUCUCUGCUUAGAGAUCAUGGACUUCUUCAGGACAUCUUACCUUCACAGGUGAGAAAGGAGCCAAAAGAAGAGUAGAAGGAGUUUACCUGUUAUUAUCGGUAUCCACGGUAUGUAAUUCUGAUCUUACUGACUGAUCAUCUUGAGGUUUGUUGGGUUAUCUUUAGAUAAGAACCCUAAUUUACCAUCAUAUAGACACCUCUUUGAACAUCAUUGUAAAACUCAGGCCUUUAGCUAUGGAGGACUAGCUAGCUAGUUUUAUUUCUUAAUUUGUUCUUUCUUUGUGUUAUUCUUUGUACUUAGAGAUCUUUUAUAAUUAUGGAGAUUUUGAGCUUUUGUAUA